AUGAUUAAUAAACGUGAAAUAUUGUCUACAGGUGAAUCCAAAAUGAUAGAAGCUGAUGUAAUUACUGGUCAUUUGGUUGAUGAAAUAGAGGGAGAGAAAGCUGACCGGAUACCAAUAAUGGGUCAUCCUCCCUCAAUAACUUCAGACUUGAGUCUUAAAGAAUUCUUAGAUGCAUGGAAAAAUUCAAAUAAAAUCCUAAAACUCGAUUUUAAAUCAACUGAAGCAUUUAAACUAGCAACGCCUGUCAUUGAGAACGCUUUUAAAGAUUCACCUCAAAAUCGCCUACCUUGGUUGAAUGCAGAUAUUUUACCUGGUCCCGGUCCAGGAGACAGUCCUGGAGUAGACGCAGACACCUUCCUCAAAGUAUCGUCAAAAAGUUUUCCAGAUUCAAUUUUAUCGUUAGGCUGGACUACUAAACGCAACGAUAACGACAAGUAUUCAGAGCAUUACAUAAAUGCUAUGGUAGACGUACUGUUUAAAAACAAAUACAUGAACCCUGUGACUUACGCUGUACGAGCGUCAUUUGCAGUCAAUUCGAUAUCGGAACUUCAAUAUUUGUUGGAGACAUCGCCAGUGGGCUCAACUCUAACUGUCUGGUGUAGUGACUCAAAAGAUAUCAUCAACUAUCCAAACCUGGUACAGUUGAUAAAUACCGUUGGAGCGAAUCGUGUGUACCUCGACUUACCUGAUGAAAUGUCUAAGAUUUUUUUCGAGAUGUACACGUCCAGUAGUGUAGGAGCGAGCAAUAAUGUUGGGUUACAGCCUUUGUUCUUGGCGUCAUUAUUUGUGCUCAAAAAUGUAUUCCUUUAA